UCAAUUACUGAGAUUGUUCAGCAACGGAGAGUGUUAAAUAUAAAUCGACCUUUAAUUUUUUAUAUCAAUUUGAUUAAACAAAGCAUUGAAACCAAAACCGACCUACCUCUGUGAUCAAUGUAGAACAAAUGUACAUGUAUAUGCAGGCGUUAACAUAGAUAAGCCAGUCAAACACUCUGUAUAGAUUGGCCUUUUAUUUCGUCGUUCCUUUCUGUACCUAAAUCGUCAGAAAUAAUGUAUAAAGGAAUUAGUAUUAUUUGUUUGUUGUUAACGUGGACAACUACUGCACUGAGCGAUUGUCCUGCCGGAUGGAUUCAUCAUGGGUCUUCAUGUUACCACUUCAGUCAUGACACCGAACCCAUGCUUUUAGCUAGUAUAUCAUGUCAACAUAUGGGAGGUACACUCGUGGAGAUUGAGUCUGCUGCUGAAAACAAUUUCCUCUUUGCAGAGGUAAAGCGACUGAAAGUGGGUGCUUUGAUUGGACUGAAUGAUAUUCAGGAAGAAACUGUUUGGCGUUGGUAUGGAAGCGAUAGACCGUUAACGUCAACAGGAUUCAAGAACUGGCAUUCUGGAGAACCUAAUAAUGCAAAUGGUGAUGAGAACUGUGUCGUGAUGUCCGAAGUUCAAGGGCAGUGGUACGACGGGCCUUGUCAUCAUUCCUUUCACUAUAUAUGUGAACAGUCAAAUGGACAAGGCGAAAUUGUUGGAUAGCAACAGAGCCGCACAAUGAAUAAAUCUUAUCAGGGAGAAAAUAUUUUAGACAUAUUAGAUAAGUUCGAUAAUAUUUAGCACCUCUCUGAUAUCUAUAGCAAAACUAACUGAAUAAAUAAUUAUAUUGAAAAU